AUGGCUAUCUCCGCAGCUUUCGGUAUGGGUGUCGUCGGCGCCAACCACGGCGCUAGUGCGCGCCGCCCGACGUCACUGCUCGGCUCGCCCCGCCCUGGAGCCCACCUGCAGCCGAGCCGCACGAGCCGGCUUGCUGCGGCAGGCAUCGGCUCUGACGUUGCAGCCCCUGCGAGCAAUGAUACCGCUGCCGACGACGGCAGCGAAUCAGCCAACCCACCGGCCGAGGUUUCCGCCGCAUUCACCACCCCAUCGGGCUUCCAUUUCAAGCACCCACUGGUCUCGUCGAUCCUGCAAAACGACGCCAUGGCCAAGCAGUGCGAGUUCACGCUUGUCAGCGACGCCAAGGCCAGCGGCCUCAAGGUCCCUGGCACGCCGCCAAAGGCCGGGGGCCAGGCACGCACGCCCAAUUCGCCAGCCAUCGGCGGGCUGCGGCGGCUAAUGAAGCGUGCGCACACACCCGCCGGCCUCGUAACGCACUACGAGGACCGUCUGCGCGCAUUCCUGGCGCUGGACGCUGCGCAGGAAAGGCCCGACGACGAGUGCCCGGACGACUGGCAGGUUAUUGACCAGGAAGAGGCGAUGUUCACUCCAGUUGGCCGUGACCUGCUGCUCGAGGACGACGAUAUCGUGGUGCUGAAUCAGGCGCUGGUGGCUGCGCAGCGGCAGGGAGCGGCACGUCCGUCGCCGGCUAUUGCGGCAGGCGUCAGGCACAGCUUGGUUGCCCAGUGGAGGAUCCCUGAUAGCUUUGCCCGCCUGAUUGUCCACACCAUGUGCCGGUACUACGGCCUGGUGUCGUUCAGCGAGACCGCUGAGGACGGCGCCAGUGUGCUGCAUAUCUGCCAUCCGCAUUUCUUCAAGGACGGCGAGCCGGUUAUUGCCCCCGAUGCAACCUUUGCUCAGUUUUUGUACAGUCAGUAA